CAACGAAUCAUUUUUGCUCCAAGCCAAACCCCACUUUUCUGUAUAAAAGUUUUUAUAACAGAGUCUCGCGUAUUCGUGUGUAACAUACACUUCGUUUGGAACACACACUCUGGGUAUAAUAUUAUAUGCUCUCUGUUUUCAUUUCGCCAAGUCGAAUGUCGCCGAUUCGAAAUAUUAUCGUUUAGUUGUACGUCAACAUCCGGCUCGCAAACAAGUUCAGAUUGCAUAAAUUUGAAUUAUUAAAUCGCCACGAGGUCGCAGCACGAAAUGAUUAUUACUUUCGUAUAGAAAGAAUUUUUUUUGAUGUCGUUUUCGUUAUUUAUUUUAUUUUAUUUUUUGAUUUAAAAUAAAAAAAAGAGGAAAAAAUUCUUAAAAUUUUUUUUAUAUUGGUGUACAUAACGAAAAAAAAACUGAUUAUAUAGAUAAUAUAGAAGAUAAAUAUAUGUCUAUCGUGUGAUAUACGUUCAUUGUAGUGACAUUGUUAAACAUACUCGUUUUAAUUUUUUGAUUUUGUUCUUAAGUCACAAAGUGUUGUCUUAACUGAACCCCAUCGAGGGUUAUAGGUCUGUCUUAAGAAAAGCAAAAAAAAAAAAAAUCAAAGAGGAAACAAAAAACUCUGUAACAGUGUUGUGAAUUUAUUUUUUGGAGAAAUAAAAAAAUUAAAAUAAAAAAGCUAAUUGUGCGCUAUAAAUAUUACAUAUAUAUACAUAUUCCACAUACACUUUCGAAUAUAAUUAACAUUUCUAUUAGAGCAAGUUUUUUUUUAUCUGUGCUACGUUUGUGUGAAGAAUAUAAAUGGUGAUUAUUUAUAACAUACUGUAAUCAUCGAGCAUACCGAGUAUGAAAAUUUCUGCGAUUGAAUCGUUUGAAAGUAUAAUCCAAAAAACCGAGUCUCGAAGUGCAUUUUAGUAAUUCAAAUGAAAUCAACGUUAAGCAGCGCUAAGAUAAGAAAGGAAGCCUCGCUUGUGAUUUAAAUAAUUGUGAUUUAAUGUAGUUGAACCAAUAUCUCGUCUCAAUAAAGAGAUUAAACAAAAAAGAACGUAAUAGUGAAUAAAACAUUUUCGAGCAAUUUGAACGAAUUCUUAAGUGCGUAACAUCGACAAAAAGAGAAUAUAAAAUAACAAUAGCGUUUACAGUGUGAUUUGAGAAGAGAAUAAACAAUCUAAAAAGACGAUAAAUUCAAUUUAAAAUAAAAAAAAAAAACAAUUUGAAUUGUAAAAAUGGAUUCAUUCAACUCGCCAUGGCCAUCUCCACCGCGGGGGAUUGAUGGACUCUCGAACGAUGGCCUUCAAAUGGAUAUGGUGACUGACUUACAAGAAACAUUCGAACCACAAACCAGAGCUCGAUCCAAUACCUGGCCGCUACCACGACCUGAUAACUUUGUCGAACCAACCGAUGACUCGGGUAGUACAAAAUGCAGUAACCAACAGCUGGCAACAUCCGGUGUGCAAGCAGUUACAUCGCCCGGUGUCAAUUCACAAAAAAAGAACUCAUCACGUCGUAAUGCGUGGGGAAAUUUAUCGUAUGCAGAUUUGAUUACACAAGCAAUCAGUUCGGCAGUGGAUAGCAGAUUGACAUUAAGUCAAAUAUACGAAUGGAUGGUACAAAAUGUACCGUAUUUUAAAGACAAGGGAGAUUCAAACAGCAGUGCUGGAUGGAAGAAUUCCAUACGACAUAAUUUGUCGCUGCAUAAUCGCUUUAUGAGAGUACAAAAUGAAGGAACAGGAAAGUCGUCAUGGUGGAUGCUGAAUCCAGAUGCAAAGCCAGGAAAAUCAGUUCGACGUCGUGCUGCAUCAAUGGAAACAUCCAAAUAUGAGAAACGACGAGGACGGGCCAAAAAACGUGUUGAAGCUUUAAGAAAUGCUGGAUUAUCAGGAAUCGGCGGCAUUAAUGAUGUUACACCGUCACCGAGCAGUAGUGUCAGUGAAGGAUUAGAUCUAUUUCCAGACAGUCCGCUUCAUAGUGGUGGUUUUCAAUUAUCACCUGAUUUUCGACAACGUGCUUCGUCGAAUGCCAGUUCUUGUGGACGUUUAAGUCCUAUACCGGCUAUUGUUGGAGUUGAACCAGAUUGGAGUUUUACAUCCAAUCAACCCGAUUUUACACAAAAUGAUACACAAUCUUCAGCCGCUUUAGAUCAAUUAGCUGGAUCGUUAGCGGAUGAGUUAACGUUACAAAAUGAAUAUCUGCAAGGAUUCAGCAAUGCAUCCGUAAUGCACAGCCAACCGCCACCGCCGUAUCAACCACCACAACCCUAUUCAAUUCACGCAACCAUUGCACAAUCUUAUGGGGCUCAACAGAACCAUUGUCCAAUUCAUCGAAGGCAACCAUGUACUUGUCUUCACAAUGCUCGCGAGAGCAUGUCGCCGGCAUCGGGUACAGGUAUGUCGCCAUCAUAUCCUCACAGUGAACCAUCGCCCGAUCCAAUGGGCAGCUACAAUCCUUCAUUAAUAAACACAUGUAUUGCACAACGGCCGCAAUCUGAUAGUUCGCCAACUACACACAAUAACAACAACAAUACAAGCUUAGAUUUCGAUGAUAUGCCGAGCACCUUAAUGGGACAGUUUAUGGAAGCGUUGAAUAAUCCAACAAAUUUAGAAGACUUAGGAUUUAACAUUGAUGGCUUCCAAGGUGGUCUUGAGUGCAAUGUCGAUGAAGUCAUCCAACAAGAACUCAAUAUCGAUGGAUUCCUAGACAUAAAUAUACCAAUUUCAAAUCAAAAUAAUUCCGGAUCUCAUUUGAAUAAUACGUCGCAUACAACUCAAACUAGUUCCGUAGGUUCGAUAGGAUUAUCUCAAACCCAGACCACAUCGUCUUUAGCUAAAGUGCAACAAUAUCCUCAGUCGUCAGUACAGACACCACCGUCUUGGGUGCAUUGAUUUGUCGUCGAUGGAUAAAAUGACUCAGCUGAUUAUCCCGAGUCGUUUCAUAAAUAAAUAAAUUUUUUUGUAAAACUUUGAAAAUUUUAUUUUUUUAAAUUAAUUUUUCUUUUUUGUUUCGUUUAAUUCUUUUUGCUAAAAGCUUAUAAAUGUAAACUUUUACUAUAAAUAUAAGUAGAUUGUUGUGCUAAACAAAAAAUAGUUUAAAAAAAAGUUAAUAAAUACUAAAAAAAACAUUAUAUGUAUAUCUAAUUGGCAACGGUGUUUUCCCUCGAAUUGUCUUUCUAAAACAAAUUGUUUACAUUCUAAAAAAACAAUUUCAAGUACUAAAACUAAACUAUAUCUUGAAGUAAAUUUUAAA